GCGUUGGUACGAUCGGUACCAGGUUGGUGUCACUUCUGGUUCUGAACGCGCAGAGGGGUUUUUUUUUUGUUUCGUUACGUUUGCGAAAAGGGAGAAAACAACAAAGAUUAUACAAAAGGCAAUGGUGAUGCAAAUCUAAAUCGUCUUCCCUCGUCUUCAAAAUGCAGAACAGCAGAACGGAGCGGCGAAGGAUUGGGUUUUUUUUUUCUUUGUUGUUGUCGCUCCUAAAAUUUGGUUUGCUAAUAAAGCACUUGAGAUAUUGGUACGCUUUUUAUGUUUCUAUCGGUUCGUUGAAAAUUGAGUGAAGCAAUUGUGUUACGCGCCGUUUUGCCCUAUCUGAUCGGGUGCAUUAGCUGGGUGGAAUCAUGAUGAAGAAGGAAGGAAAUGAUUAUAAGCUUCAAUGCUAGUUUGGCUAAGGGAAAAUCUACAAAUGGUUUGACGAUAAAAUUAUCUCGAUUCACAAACAAGUGAAACGAUUACCGUAGAAAUAUCCUUCGCUGGAUAUGAAUAAAUCAUUACAAUGUUUAAAUAAUUAUAUGUAGUAGAAAAUGAGUUAAAGAAUAUAUCCUAAUUUCAAGACAUGUUCAUCAAAUAUUAUUGUUUGAAACUCUUGCUAUUAUUUUGAUUACUUGUUAUCAGGUAAAUUAUGUCUGUUAUGGCGUACAAUCGAAAAGGGUCUUGUUGUUUUCGUAAGAUCGCAUAUCGUAAUGCAUAACCAAUAUCAUUCUUUUCCAAAGAUCUUGUCUGUAGUGAUUGCAUAUGCUUUUUGGGAGGGAAAACAAACCUUCCUCACGUACGAAUUCACGCUCUCGCCUAAUCGUUGGCCACCUUCAUCGUUACCAUCCGAUGAGGUAAUCCAUCAUUGAUUGGUGUAGUUUUGGAACAAAAAAUAAUAAUAAUAAAACACACACACAUACACACACGCACAGCACAACAUACGAGCGAAAGUAUCAACAUUAGCAGCACACGAACCUUCCACGGAGAAAAGACUCAUGGGCACUAGGCGACGAACCCAUCCAUCAUAAGCGUCUCCGCUCAAAGUUUUGUACAAUAAAAACCAACAUCAUCAAUCGUUUUCUUCGUUGGUUUGUGAUAAGUGUUGAUGUUUUUGAAUGCCCUCGCUGUCUCGUUCGCGGUAGUAACUUUUCAAUCAAAUCAAAUCGAACCGUUUCGAUGGUAUGUCAGUGCACAGUUAGCAUCCAAAGCCAAACCAGCUCUACUCUACAGCAGCUCAGCAGCAGCUCCCACUCGGUACAGCACCAAGAUGAAAAUGUUCGUAGCUCUGUUUGCAGUGUUUGCCGUGGCUAGUGCCAUCGGUGAUUACCAUCAUCAUGAGCCGACCGGUGCUCCGAUCAAGAUCGUGCACAGUGAAUCGUACCACGGACAUGACGGUAGCUACAAGUUCGGAUACGAGUCGGCCAACGGUAUCGCAGCGCAGGAGCAAGGAUUCGUCAAGAACGGUGGCAGCAAGGACCAUGAGGUGCAGGUUGCCCACGGUUCCUUCUCGUACACCGAUCCGCACGGUCAUCCAGUGUCCCUGAGCUAUGUGGCCGAUGAGCACGGUUUCCAGGCUAAGGGUUCUCAUAUCCCAACGCCACCACCGGUCCCGAAGGAGCUGGUCGAUGCUUAUGCUAAGGCCGCCAGCCAGCCCCAUCACGAGGAGCCGCAGCCACACUACGCACCUCAGCCGACCUACAAGCACUACUAGGAGGCAUCUCGAUGCGCAUUUUGGGGUGAACCCCCGGGGGGGCUACGAACAUAUUGUGAUCCAUUACGGUGCGAUCUUCAUGGUGCUGCAGGAGCUGUUGUAACCAUCGAGACGCGUCUAGAGUACCUAAAUUCAAUAAUAAAACAAAAUCCAUUUUAAACCAAACUGAAGUUCAAGACUAAUGAAUGUGAAUUCUAACUCGCACAGACCACCAUUUUGAAGAAGUUCUAUAACUUUUGCGCCACACCCCAAUACAUACCCGAAAACCCUCUUCUCCCU